AUGAUUGACGGGGGAGGACACUUUUUCCCUCUUCCUCCUCCUCGCUCCCUUUCUCCUGGGAUCUCGCGAUGCCUUUCCCGGGGCCCUUUGACGCGCGCCGGGGUGCCUGGUAAGGGUGCAGAAGCGCCUGCUUCCGAACGUGUGAGUAGCGGAGGAGGACGCGUGUCUGCGCGCGAGCCCCCGCACCCCACCCCACUCGCAGGCGACCACGCUUUGGCUGGGGGUCGGAUGUAAAUAGGGCUUCUUCUCCUCGCUUCCGCAUCUCCCCCCCCCCCAGGAAACCCACUGAUUCUUCAGACUCCUCCCUGACAUCUCAUGAAAGGCUGUUUGCCAGAUGUUGCUGAUGGGGGAUGGCGCCUCUUGCUAAACGAAGAAUGGGCAAGGGUCCUCUCUCCAUCACUGCCUGCUGUUGGGGGCUGGGGGAUUGGGAUCCUUUUUUCCCCUCUGAGAAAAAUUGCUUCUCAUCUGUAGCCUUCCUGGUAUGUGUUUGGUGGUUCCCCACUCACCCACCCUCUCCCACCUUCGCCUCUGUCUUCUUGGAGCCCAUGAGUGCUUUAUCUCCUUUCUCUGGACCCUUAGUAUGUUCUCCCCUCAGUUCUUUGCCCUCCAUUUUUCUCCCUUUUUUUUGCUUCUUCUGCUUGCGCCCCAGUGCUUGACAUCCCCACCAUUGCUAGUCACUGGUUGGGGGAGGGAAGAGUGUUUAGACAGUAGCAGACCUUGGGGUCUCAAAUGUCAGUGGUGCCCUGUGGGGCCCCAAAAUUCAGUAUGCCGCUUACCUCUCACUUUCCAUUUUGCAUCAUGGUUGUGGCGUCCCUGAGGCUCUGGGCCAAGUGCUACUGAACUGAUUAGGUCCAGUCACGGACAACUCUGGGGUUGCGGCACUCAUCUUGCUUUAUUGGCUGAGGGAGCCGGCAUACCGCUUCUGGGUCAUGUGGCCAGCAUGACUAAGCCGCUUCUGGCAAACCAGAGCAGCGCACGGAAAGAUUGCGUUCCCCUAAAUCCAACUCUGGUUUAGAUCUGCUGCAUGAGGGGGGUCUGAAGUAUAUAUAAGACUACUCUGGAGGGCCCAGAGCUUGGCACACGCACCCCGCAGCUUUGAAUACGUCAGGGCUGCCAUUUUGUGUCCUGGCAGAAUAAAUAAUAAUAAUAAUAAAAUAAUAAUAAUAAUAAUUUACUUAUAUGCCGCCCAUCUCACUGGGUUGCCCCAGCCUCUCUGGGGCAAAAUAUAAAAACUCUAGCAAAAUAUAAAAACACAAUAAGACAUUAAGCACUCCUGUUAACAGAAGCUUCGUUCAAAGAACAGGGUUUUUUAGCUGCAGUGGCUGCCAGCGGACUUUAAGGAUCAAAACCUCAGAUUGUUCUGUGAACUGCCCUUUUUUCUGUGAACCGCCCCGAGACCUCUGGGUAUAGGGCAGUAUAUAAAUCCAAUAAAUAAUAAUAAUAAAAACCUUAGAGUAGUCUUAUAUAUACUUUACAGCAAAAUAAGCAAAUAAAUAAGGCUUUUAAAGGGAACAGAACUCACUGAUCAUGGAACACAGAAUCACAGAAUUGUAGAGUUGGGACCCUGAGGAUCUCUGGUCCAACCCCCUGCAAUGCAGGGAUCGAAGACCUCUUUGCCCAUGACCUUGGCAUCAUUAGCACCAUGCUCUAACCAACUGAGCUAACACAGGAAGCAGCUUUAUACUAACUGAUACCAUUGAUCCAUCUGGCCUAGCAUUGUCCGCACAGACUGGCAGCAGCUAUCCAGGCUUUCAGGCGGGAAACAUUCCCAGCCAGAGCUGCAGAUGCCACUGUUGGAUUGAACUUGGGAACUUCUACAUUCAAGACAGUUGCUCUACCACUGAACUAUGGCCCUUCCCCAACUACACUAUAGGGUAGAGUCUAAGGUUUUAUACAAUUAAUAGAAAGCUUGAAAUUGUAAUGUUUGGACUACCUAAAUGUUAGAUGCUAAUUUUUUAGAAAGCAGUUUCUUAGCAACUGCAUCCCCUAGUGGUCUUCAGUGCACACGGCAGUGUUUUCUGCACUGUUUGUAUUCUAUGAAGUAGAUUGUUGGUAGAAAUACAAAAUACAAGUUCAGGUAGGUCAAGGCAUCUGGAAGUCAUUUAAAUUGGAAAUAGAUUUAUUUUUCACUCACCUGCCCAAACACCCCCUUUCCUCCUCCACCACCACCAUAUUAGGUGAGCUCCCCCACAAGGAAAAACAUGGAGAGCUCCACCCCAAGCUCAUUUUUUCCCCUUGUAUGAUCUGGACUAGGGCAGAUGGAAGAAAACAAGCAAUGACUGUGGGCUGAGUUUCAACGCAACUCUCUUCAUUGGUCUGGUGAGUAUAUUAUCUUAACUAUACGAUUAUUGUCCUCAGCAGUUAAAUCUCCCAUCGUAGAGUUAUGGGAAGGCAAGUGUACAAGUGGUUACUUGAGAUCCUUCAUCUAGCAGCAAUUCCACUUGGGUGUCUCCCUCUUAAAAAAAAGACCAGCUUCACCAAGGUCUUGUUGUUCAUCCCAAAGCCACCUGUCUCUACCUAGCCACACACCUCACCAAGCUUGGCACCUCACCUACUGUGAUCAGCACCCUAGGAAAGCCUCAACCAUCAGAAUCUCCAAGACCAUGUAGAAACCAUUAGAAGGCCAGAGUCAAGGAUCCUUGUAUCCUACAACAGGGCCUUGGCCAAGGACUUAGGCCUAACACCCUUAAGAGGCAAGCAGUGGCAGUCUUCAGUGUUGCAACACUAAGGAUUCUUGAACUCACACUCUCAUGCAGAACAGAGGGGACAGCAAGGUUCAGUACAGUGGUACCUCGGGUUAAGUACUUAAUUCAUUCUGGAGGUCCAUUCUUAACCUGAAACUGUUCUUAACGUGAAGCACCACUUUAGCUAAUGGUGCCUUCCGCUUCUGCGCCGCCGGAGCGCAAUUUCUGUUCUCAUCCUGAAGCAAAGUUCUUAACCCGAGGUACUAUUUCUGGGUUAGCAGGGUCUGUAACCUGAAGCGUAUGUAACCUGAAACGUAUGUAACCUGAGGUACCACUGUACUCCCAUAAGUACAAAUAUUCACAAUUUCCACAAGGAUGGGGUGGUGUUUUUAUGCUAACAGUUCCUUCAUCCGGAAAGUAAAUUCUCCAUUUCUUAGGGCUCAGUAACAGGACCUUCAGUCUUUUUUUGCCCCAGAUCUCUGCAUUCAUGGGACAACUCUGGCACAGCCUAGUCAUACACAGGGCUCUGAGAGACUAUCCUGUCAGAACAGAGGCUCUUGGCCUCUUUGACUCCAUCCUUGUGUCUUCUUUUCCUACAUCUCUAGGAAAGGCAGCCUCUUCCUCUGUCAGCUGGUGGAUUAAGGCAUGCAUUGCCCAGGCCUAGGAGGUAGAGCACCCUCCCCCUCCAACAGCACAUCACAGCCCACCUUACCCUGUCCGCCAACACAUAUAUUGCAGAUGUUUGCAAGGCCACUUGGUCCUCAACCCUCCACACUACCAAUUAGAUCUUAUGUUCCUUAGCUGAUGGUUCCAUUGGGAGAUAAGCUCCACACAACAUUCUCGCCUUAGAGGAACACAGUCACCCAGUUUCAUCUGGUUUUCAUGCUUGGCCAUGGAUGCAACGGAAAGCAAAACUAGAGGAAAAGAAUAGAAAAUCUGUCAAAUUUCAUGGCUCUGCCUUUGGCGCGUCCCAGCCAUACAACCUGCAACAUCCCUGUCCUAACCUACAAGGUCCAUUCAUGGUUAGUGUUCAAUAUUCCUUUUUAAUCUGCGGCUGUACAGAGCUUUUCAGCCAAAUAUUGUUUCAGUCUUAGCUGAAUUCAGAGUUGUGCUAAUGAGAAUAACUUCCAGGCCUUGCUAUGCCCUUUUAUCAGGGGUGCCUCAGAGGCGGAGUUGAAUAUCCCAUCCUGCCAUCUAAGAAGUGUAGCAGGAAGUUAAAAAGAGUCUUAAGACGCUUUGUGACCUACAAGCCAGGACAGCAGAUAAUCAUAUUUAUCCCUUCAAGAUUUUGCAUAGGGAUUGCUGGUGCAGAGAGUUAACUUGACAAUAAAACGUUCAAUUCUCGGGGGAAGCUUUUUGCCUUAGGUUUGCUUCUGCAUUGCUGAGCCACAUUUACAUCUUAAAGCAAAUGACAUUUGUUAUUGUAAUGUACAAAAUGCUCAUUGAAAAUCUUGACUGUAUGGUAAUUUUAAACAGAUGAACAAGUUACCAAAACACAUUUAAAUGUGAAAGCCUAUGGAAAUUAUGUCUUAUAAACUGCAUUAUACGACAGAUUAUUUGGAUCAUGCAAAUUUGUUCAUGCUCGUUUACCUAAUCAAAGGCGGGGGGGGGGGAGUAGAACACAUGAUUAUGCCUAGAACAUUGUGGGGAGUGGGGGAAGUAGCAGUGGUACAGAAUUUUAAUGUUGUUGAAAUGAUCUGUAUAUGAUGAUGAAAGAAAGUAAAUCUGAAAGUAUUAUUCUAGCUCAAAACUUGGUUAACAUACAGGGGCGUCCUUAGUGCUGAACAAUAUGGUUGUGUCAACUUAAUAGUUUUCCAUAAAACUAUUCCUGUUUUCAAUUUAUUUAUGGAUGAAUUGUUUUCAUAUCUCUCUGACAGUCUAAAUUAAAUACUAUGGAAUACAUUUUUGAUUAAAAAUAAUCCUGUCAGCUGAAAGAAUAGCUUCUAAUCAUACCCUUUUGUAAUACGCGUGCCAUGGCACAUGCUUACUGAAAAUGCAUUUUCAUUAGAUUCUCUUAAAUUAUAUACAACAGGCAUAUAAUGCUCACUGGAGCACACUCCUUAUGAAAGAAAUGACUAAAGUAUUUUUACUGUCAUUGCUUGACGCUUUUAAAUAUGCUUGUACACCAGCAUAACAUAGUCAGCUGAAUAACACUUUGUAUAUGUUUCUCCGUAUAUUGAAAGCAUAAAUAAGAAUAGGAAACAAAUGGUUGCAUAUUUCAUAAAUAUUUAUAUUUAAUUAUUUUCUCUAUCUUUUAAAAAUAAAAGGCAAUCUCAGCAUCCCAAGUGUUGUGAGUUUUAAAUGUUCAAAGAGCGGCAAUGUUGGAUAUGGUGGCUUUGGGGGGCGGAUAGGUCUGCAUUUUGCCUCAUUAUGUUGACAUUUCCAUUAAUCUUGGAGGACCUGAUUCAGCAGAAGGCUACAGGUUCUAUAGCAGGCACAAAUCUUCUCAGGCAAUAGACUGGCCUAUAAUCAGUGGUGUCCAAACUUUUUUCAAAGAGGGCCAGAUUUGAUGAAAUGAAGGGCCGUGGGGGCCAACCAAAGGGCCAAGUAAAAUUGUUGACCUAUUUUUAGGAUUGAAGUUCUUGAGCUUUUUUAAUGAUUUUACCCCAAAGUUGUUGAGCGUUGUUUUUUUUUAGGAUUUAAGUUGUUGAGCUUUUUUUAGGAUUUGGGGGCAUUUUACCUAUAAACUGCCACAGGGGCUGGAAUUAAACCAACCAGCAGGCCAGAAUAGGCCCCUGAAACGGACUUUGGGCAUGCCUGGUCUAAUUAAAUGAAAGAAAUAGAAGAAAGAAGUACUCCUGUCAGGGAGUAAUAGAAUUGCCCUGGGAGAAGUGUCUUCUUCAUACAACUUUCUUUGCUCUGUUGCUUCUCUCUCUCUCUCUCUCUCUCUCUCUCUCUCUCUCUUUCUCUCACUCUUAAGUUAAAUAUUUUGCAAGGAAUGGUGGUAUGUACAAUGGGGAUUCAAGUCCACUGGCUGCAUUCAAACAUCCCACUGACGUUCACAUGUGAAUGAGCCUUCCCCUUUCCUAUGCUUACACAUUCUAUCUUUCUGCCUUCUCAUGCAGCUGGGAGGAAUUCAGAAACUUCUCGCUGUGCUUCUGUUUAACUGUGUCCUGCCAUGUUGUCCGAACCCAGCAAACUAUGGCUAAUGUUAACUAGGGUUAGCUUAAACAAGCCACCUGCAGAAGUCGCAACGUUAAGUUUGGUUAGUUUCCAACACGCUAACUUAGCAUUGCGAUUUCUGAAGCUGGGCUUGUUUCGAUUAACCAUAGUUAUUGCGAACCACAGUUCUGUAUUCGGAUGACAUAGCAAGCUGUUGUUAACCAAAAGAGAAAGUGAAAGCUUCCCAAUCCCUGCUUCCAGCCAUGCAGGAGGUAGUGGGGCCGGGGGAGUGUAUGAGCUCAUUCAUAUCUUGCAGAAAAUGCAGCCGAUGGAUCUUGGACUGGUGACCUGAGAGAGAUUAACUGGGUAUAUUCAGCUUGUGUGCCUCCACCCAGCUCUGACCCAAGGUUGAUGUGGCUGAUUUGCUUGCAGAUAGGGUUCAGUUCCACACCAGCCUUACUGAAUACAUUUCUCGCAUGACAGCGUAGUGGCUAUGACUCUCUCUAGAACAUAAAGAGAGGUAAAAAAAGUAAAGGACCCCUGGACGGUUAAGUCCAGUCAAAUGCGAAUAUUGGGUUGCGGCGCUCAUCUCGCUUUCAGGCCAAGGGAGCUGGCAUUUGUCUACAGACAACUUUCUGGGUCAUGUGGCCAGCAUGACUAAACCGCUUCUGGCGCAACAGAACACCGAGACAGAAACCAGAGCGCAUGGAAACACCAUUUACCUUCGUGCCACAGCAGUACCUAUUUAUCUACUUGCACUGGCGUGCUUUCGAACUGCUAGGUCAGCAGGCUAUGGCAUUUCCUCUGCUAGUGCAUCACAAAGGAAUUGCAUUCUUCUCUCAACUUUGCAUCACCCCAAAACUGGACCAUUGAGAAACAAGCCAAAGAUAAAGAUAACAGAUCUGAGUUAUGAAGCUUUGGCAGGCUUGAUGUCACCACCUGUCACAGUGGGGCACAUGCCAGACUUCAGAGCCUUCUGUAACUAAUGCCAGGCAGCAGGAAAACAGAUGCAACCCUCAUCAUCUUCAUAUUCCCAGAAAAUCUCUGCAGCCAGCGAUGUCAGGAUCCAGAGACAUUCUGGGCAAAUGAAGAUAGAGGCUGCAGCCCCUUUGCCCACCACUUCACUUUAUAGCUCUGGACUGAGUGUUUGUCCCCUCCGCUGUCUAUCCUGCCAACCCCUGGUAAACUCAUUUUGGGAGGGCCAACGGGGGAGUACGAGUGAGAGCACCUUUUCCUGGCAUCACCCCAGCCCUGAGAAGAGUGGGGUGCAAAGAUCAAUUAAACAAUCAAUUGAUUUUUUUGAAAAAGAAAUCUAUCUAUGAAACUGAAGAAUGCACAAAACGUAUAAUCAGAUGCAGACUUCGAAUGCAGCAAACGAUCGCUUGCCUCACCUGUAAUUGUUUUGCUCUUUUAGUGCUGGACAACCCAUCACCAUGAAUAUGCAGAUCUUUGUAGCGACUGGUCUCCUGGUACACUGUGUGUUCCUGAUCUCUAUUUUUGA